AGACCUAACUCAAGAGUGACGUCACGACCCAUCUUGCCUCCGGGAGGUAAACAAAUAUCCCUCGUCGCUCGCCAAGUGCCCAGUGGUUGUAGAACAUACACUACUUACACUUUGUGCAUAAUUUAGUUAUUUCUCCCACUGACAGUGCUUAAUUCAGAAAUGGAGGACAAAAGAACAUAUCUGCCACCUGAAUGGAACAAUGAGGAAAGGAUGAGAGUGCUGCUGGGCCCCAUGCCCCAGACACAGGAUAUUGUUGCACGAAAUGCUCGUCUCACUUUUUGGACUACUGCUAUACAUCUAUGGUGCAAAAGGACAAACAAGCUCGGCUUUACACUUCAG